CGGGGCCGCGGAGCGCCAUGGAGGCGCUGUCGCUGCCCGCGGCGCUCUCGCUGGUAGCCGGCGGCGGCGCGGGGCUCAGCCCGGAGCGGCGGGCGGCACUGGGCGCCUCGCUGCCGCUGGUGCAACGCGACUACCGCUUCGAGCGGGUCUGGUUCUGGGGCUGCGUCCAGGGCGUGCGCGGCGCCUACUACAUCGCCGAGGGGCUGGGCCCCGACCGCGCCGCGCCCCGCAGCCGGCUGUACAGCUUGAACUGCUUGGACUGGAGCCUCCUGACGCCAGCCACCAAGGAGAUGCUUGCACUGACUGAGCAGGUGAAGGGCCGCUUUCAGGGAGAUCCUUCUUUUGAGUACAACUUGUCUGAGAUAAACGCAGAAGCAGCUGCAAGACUGAUUGAAAGUGGUAAAGAGCCUGUGAUCAAGGAGGAGGCCCGCCUUAUAGCUACGAUAGAACAGAUAGACAGAGCAGUUGGCAUUGUCCCCCGGGGGGCAUUUGUGAAAACUCCUCUUGGGCCUGUGCAUGAAAACAGACACUUUGAAGGUCUGUCUUUAGUGGAGGCAAAAAAGUUAAGUUCCUAUUUCCAUUUCACUGAGCCUGUUAACCUGAAGAAUAAAACCCUGCUGGAAAAAGCUGACCUGGACCCAUCCAUUGACUUUCUAGAUUCUCUGGAGCAUGAUAUCCCACGAGGUAAAGGCUCCUGGAGUAUCCAGCUGGAGAAGGGAGGCACUGUGGUGGUGCUGCGGAGCCUGCUGUGGCUGGGACUGACAUUCUACCAUGUCCCAACAACCAAGCAAUUCGGCUACGUCUACUUUGGCACUGGUGAGAAGAAUCUGGAUCUGCCCUUCAUGCUUUGACUUCUGUCUGGAAGAAGGACUGAAGAACUAGAAAAGAUCUAGAUUUUAUACUUAGGAAAUUUUGUUUACUGCUUGUUCUAAUAAAAAUGUGAAACCUCUGCACUUUGA